AUGCGAGGAGCACAAAAGGCCAAUGCAGCCACCGAGUUAACGCCGCUGAUCAGUAGCGUGCACUUGAACACAAGUGCACCAUUGCUAUCACCGAGCUAUGCAGCGUCAUCCCCAUCAUCUUCUGCCUUCUCUCCAUUCGCUGUGUUACCGAAUGAAGAAGAGCCUGAGCAUACUCCGAGUCCCCCUCGAUCUAGCAAUUUAGUGACACAAUUAGCACAAGAAGACAAUGACGAGUCACCAAGUGACGACGAACACGUGGCAAGUGAAAGCCAGUACGCGUACUUUGCAUCACCAGCUAAAAUCCUUGGCUCUGCCUGUGUCAAAGGUGACUAUUACCAAGCUCAAAGUGCCGUGGAAAUGGCUGUGUGUAAAGCACUUCAAAUUGCCACCGAGAGCCAGAGCGACGUGGACAAAAACAAGACGGACAAAACGACGACCCGUCGUGUGGCAGAGAGUGUGUUCCGGCUCUUGACGGUCCAUGAAGCACGACAUGAAAUGAAUGCCUUACAUCUGGCCGUCUUGUACGAAUACCCCACUAUUGUGACGUAUUUGAUCUCGGUGGCUACAAAAUAUUUGCCAAACCAAAAUGACGACAAUAAUUUAUUGUCUAAACUCAAAAAUAAUAAUUAUCAAUACGAAAUUAUGCUGGACAACAAGAACGUGACAAACAAAGAUAUAAAAAGGACGGAAGACGAGAUGAAUAGUACAGCGAGUACGGAGACGCAGGAAUUAGACAAAGAGGAACGAAAAUGUGGGACAUUGCAGGAUUUUUUAAAUAGUCGAUGUGGAGAAUCGAAACAUUGUGCCACAGCGUUAAUGUUGUGUACAUCAGUAGCAUGUGCAACUACAUUGAUUGAUGCUGGAGCUUCAUUAGAUGCAAUCAACUCUUCCGGAAUGACAGCAAUGCAUUAUGCAGCAAGUACGGGCAAUGCAGCACUUGUGAGUCUACUUGUGUCUUGUGGAGCAAAUGUGAAUCAAACAGAUAGUCGAGGAGCUACGGCACUGCAUUGGGCUGUUUUUGAAGGAUUUCAAUACACUGUCAUGUUACUUGUAGGAUACAAGGCAAACCAGAACAUUUGUGAUUCGGAAAAGCAGACACCACUUAUGAUUGCCAGUGCUCUUGGAGAUGCUUUUCUUGCGAAACAACUUGUCAUUGAAGGAGCACCUGUUAAUGCCAAGGAUAAACAUGGUAGAACAGCAAUGGACAUUGCACGACAAGGUGCUCACUUUGACGCAGCAAGUGCUUUAAAAGCUGGUGCAUCGGACCGAUUAGUUGCCUGGGCUUCACGCAAAGGGGUCUCGGUGUUUUUCUUUUUGGGUAUGAUCUUGACGACAGCGACUCUGUCGCUCAUUUUUGCAGUACCAUGUUUACCACCUCAAACCAUUGAUCAAACAGUACGGUACCAGACAGUGGGGUUGGUAUACUUGACUUUUACGUGUAUCAUGUACGUGUACGUUUGCAUCAAGGACCCGGGGUAUGUGCCACGCUCAACACGUCCCGCUUAUGAACUGUUGGCGUUGGAGGAUAAUGUCGUGCCGUGUCCGACGUGUGUCACACGCAAACCGCUGCGUUCAAAGCACUGUUCAGCCUGCAGGCGGUGUGUGCACCGUUUUGAUCACCAUUGUCCGUGGAUCAACAACUGCGUGGGAAUCGGCAAUCACCGUAGCUUCCUAGUUUUUCUCACGACGCUGUCAAGUUUCUGCUUCACCAUCAGCGCAAUAUCGAUGAGCAUUUUGAUGGGCCAUUUUCCUUUGCACCCGCCCGCUUCCAGCGCUAAGGGCGAUUCUAUUAGCUCUGCGUUGUUGCCAUGGCGAUGGUUGCAACCGCCGGAAUGGGCAUUGGCUGGAGACGUAAAUGUACAUACGAAGUCUUCAACCCUCGUACUUCAUAGUAUCCAUGCCAUCCUCCUCCUCUGUGCGAUUAUCUUUGGCAUGCCGACGGUCACAUUGCUGAUUAUUCAGCUGCGCAAUGUAAGCCGCAAUCUUACGACGAACGAAGUCUUUAACAAGGAUAAGUAUCCGUAUUUGAAAACUCCUACGGAUGAGUUUUACAAUCCAUUUGAUCGCGGUUGCUUGCACAACUUUGGCGAAGUGUGCCGUGGCAACAUUUCGACCGACGAGGAUGACAAAUGUGCAUUUGAUGAGUCGAGAAGCUCCUUGUUGCAGGAGCAGGACAAACCCGACGGACGGUAA